AUGAAUUACCAAACUGCUCCACAUCUAGCUUCUCAGCAUGAUGAUCUUUUAAGUGUCUCCUCCGAGACAAUACCAUUGUAUCAUCCACUACCCAUCAAGGAAGAGGCAGCAUUAGACCAAAGCUGUUGCCAUGGAGAUGGAUCCCAGCUAAUAAGUUUGAGCGGCCUGCUAGAAACUGCAUUUGAUAUUCAAGCUGAAACCGCCACUACCAAUACAACGUUCAACCACGGCAACGAUGGCAGCUCCUUUUCUGUAACUCAGGGUUGUCCUGACAAAUGUCCCUGUGUUUGCCAUGUACCAGCUCCAUGCACUUCCUUUAAUCAGAGGCGCCCCUCUGUGAUCAUGACUCCUGUGGCUAGACGCCGCAAAGCAACAAGUGAAUCAUGUACACACGCUCCUCUUAAGGUACGUACAGGUACUUUAGGGUGCUUAAUCAACAGCGUUUUAGAGCGACGGAAGUCAACUGGAAGUGAACUUUUUGCAUCAUUGGGCAGUAGUUUGGUUGAAACUCUCGGGCAAAUCGUCUUAAUAAGGGAAAAGAAACUUAGCAACACAAAUUUGUUAGCGUAAAGGCACGUAAAAAGGCACGGUUGACGUGCGUCGCUCAACAAGAGAGCUUAAGCAAAGCCGUUUUUAGCGACGGACGGCUACCGGAAUUUGUUGUUGUUGCUUUUUUUUUUCAUCCUCGAGCAGUGAUUUUGCCCAAAUUUGGUAGUGUCAAGGUUUAUUAAAAGAGAAAAGGCCACACUUCCUGUUGCCGUCCGUGGCUCCAAAAAGCCUUUGCUUAAGCAAAUAUUAAACUAUGCCUUCCUUGAGAAGACUAGGGGUAUACAGGCCUUGCCCGCUGUGCAGGCAAAACUCAUUUUUCGGAUUCGCUUUGCAGACCCCUAGGAUUCUGAAAACAAAGAAGAUCGGGGAGACGAUCUGGAGUCAUGAGUUUCCGUUUGAAAUUCAUCAUGGCGGUUAUGAAUAUCCCGAGUAGGUCCUCGCGGGUAAACAGUGCAAGAAAAACGCCUGCAUGAAAGUUUAUACAACACUUGUCCACGUGCACUGUAUUAUCGUUCGGUUUACAAUUGGUGGUGUCAAAAUACAGAACGAACGAUGUUCUACUUGAUGAUGUACCCUCCACCCUCAAUUUGAAAUCUCCCCAUAACUAAACCCACAGCAAGUCGCAGAAUCAUAGUUUGAAGGCCUAGCAAAUUGCUCAGUGAAAAUCGUCAUUUAUUGUUGGUGAGGCUGUGUGGGAUGUCCAGUUGCUUGCCCACGAAUAUGAAAGUAAAACCUUGAUGGCGAUCUUUUUAAACGGCAGGGAACUCUUUUGAUAUGUGUUUUUAACUUUUUCUUCUUUAUUCUUCUUCCUUUUCAUGGGGGAGGGGGAGGGGGGUUCGUGUUAUAACUUCUUAUUCCGUAGACAAACACAUUUGCUUUGACAGACAAUCUUUGAUGGAGGAACGCCACUUGAAGCAUUUUUCACAAAGUCUAUCUUGAACUUCUUUAGUGAAAAAAAUAACUUAACUAAAAGGAAACGAAUGGCUAUGUUAUUCUUUUGUGGUUCUUUAACCAGAUUAACCAGAUUGGAGAAAACCUUGAAAUGCCCUUCCAUAUCGUUCCAAAUCAGGACGUCGUUACAAGCGUAAGUGUCUUUAUGUUGUGUCUUUUGGUCGAGUCAAAAUCUGAGAGCGCUAAAGACAAGAGCGUUCUAAUGGUAAAAACAUUUCGAAAUCUAGAAACUACGAAACGCUAUUUUCAGCCGUUUCUUCAUGACGCAUUUCUUGAAUAACAUCACAGAUCUCAUUUAAAUGUAAAAUGGCGCUUUAAAGACUGCUUACAAGGUUGUUCGUUCUACGCAGUUUGAUACUGGUGUAAAAGACACGACGAUGCUGUUUUUGCACAGGUACCCCAAGCUCACGAGUGAGACUCGUUGUUGCGUAACAGAAAUAUUAUAAGGGUUUGUAUGGAGAUUUAAGCGAUCGUUAUUUAGGGGACAAACACAGAAGUAAAGAUACAUCAGAAUUUCUUUCCUUGUGUCCUUGUCUAAAUUUAUGGUGUUUUCUUAGCAUCUUUGGCCGUUCCAGCGAAGUUUUAUUACGCAAGAACCAGUCUCACUAGUGAGCUUGGGGUACCUGUGGUUUUUCGUUGUCUCGUUAUACACCACACAUCUUCCACCCAGGGGGUGUGUUAUUUCACCAUUUAUUAUAUUUUUUGCCAAUAUGCUUCGUUAUAGUUGAUCUAUUCUCAUGAAACGUAAGCUUUAUAAGUUUUGCUUAGACGGCGAGCAGUCUCGCUUUUGCUCGAAACUCUGUAACGCUAUGCUAGUGCAAGGGUGUGGGGCGUCAUCGUCGUUAGUUUAGGUACUGAUCGUUGUCGUUUUGAUUAUGGUUGUCCGUUCGUCGUAAGCAUUUAUUUUCUCUACCACAGAUUUAAUGAUUCUUUAUGGUAAAGGGUAUUGAAUGUCCAGUUACAGCUCAAAAAGAGAAAAUUAAGACGGAAGACAUUUAAGUGGGCCUCGUGCAUGCUUGAAAUACUUGAAGGCGGCAAAGGCUUUCUGAUAAGUGACUUUCCCAACUUCAAACUCAUAAACCAUCAUGCCUUAAGCUUGAGCACUCCACGCUCGCCUUCAUCUCUCUCUUUCUUGAUUGCAAUAUAUUUAAGUGCUCGUUUGUCCUGGCAUUACGUGAAAAAGACACAGUGGAUGUUGGUGAUGGUGAUAAUGCCUGAUAAUGGUGAUGAUUAGGCAUAAAUAGAUUGUGCUCGGCAACUUUUGAGCAACUUUUAGCGUUUUGAGCAACUCUUGGUAGUACCAGCAACCUAGGGCAACUUUUGCCUUCCUUGGCAACUUUUGAGCAACAAAUUGAUAUAAAACCGAUCCAAACCAUAAAAGGUCGUUUCAUUUCGAAGGAUUUUAUUAAAACUGGUUUUAUCAAANUUUCUUGAUUGCAAUAUAUUUAAGUGCUCGUUUGUCCUGGCAUUACGUGAAAAAGACACAGUGGAUGUUGGUGAUGGUGAUAAUGCCUGAUAAUGGUGAUGAUUAGGCAUAAAUAGAUUGUGCUCGGCAACUUUUGAGCAACUUUUAGCGUUUUGAGCAACUCUUGGUAGUACCAGCAACCUAGGGCAACUUUUGCCUUCCUUGGCAACUUUUGAGCAACAAAUUGAUAUAAAACCGAUCCAAACCAUAAAAGGUCGUUUCAUUUCGAAGGAUUUUAUUAAAACUGGUUUUAUCAAAACUGAUUUUAUGUUUUUUUAUGUUUUUAUGUUUUUUUUUUUUAAACUGAUUUUAUUUCAUAGUAUUUAUAUUUGUCAUAUAACAAUGGCUUUUGGCCUCUUUCAAUGAUUGUAAGAAUAUUUAAUGAAAAUGUUUAAAUGGCAACAGACAAACAAACACGUUUUGAGUAUUUAUCUAAAACAAAACGACUCUAGAGAGCAAGCAACUUUUUGAUAUUUGAGCAACUUUAGAGCUACUUUUGGGUAUAUUGUGAAGCAACUUUUCCUGAAUUUACUAGCACAUUCUAUUCAUGCCUAGUGAUGAUGAUAUGUACAUAAACUGUCGGUUGAAACAGAGGACGCAAAAAACCACUUACCUAGCCAACGUUUACCAUAUAUGGUGAGUGCAUAUUGUAAGCAACUUUUAUGCCUCUUUCAGCAGGAGGAACAAGAAUGCAACGAGACUAUGGAUGUCAUUCCCGAGAAAGAAAGCAACAAAAGGGUGGUAAGCGUAUCCAAGAGAGAACAAUGAAACAGAGAAUGAAACGCCCAAUCCAGCCCAAAGUAAUUUUUUGGCCGAUUACAGUCGGUUGUUUCUAAGCAUAGACACGCGGCAAAAAAUCAUGUUCUAUUAAGGUGCCAGACAUGACGUGUUUUGCCACCAAACAUUUGAGUUUGACAGCCGUUAAAGCAAACUGUCGCGCCAAAGGCUUAAGUUGUUUGUAUGCUUUUGAACAGGGUGAUCCGCUCAUCUUUUAUUUUUCUCAACUUUUAGGAAUAUUUCUCUCUCAGAAACAGCACACUUGCAUCUAAGAAUCACUCUUUGGUGUUUACAACUCCAGAAAUUCUUCGCAAUGUUUAUAAUACUUGCGAUGAAUAUUUUCUUCAGUGAAAUCAAAUCAAGUCGACAAACAGCCGUCUACUUUGCACGUGAACAUUCGUUUAAGGCCAUCCCAAACUUCGAAUGCCUGGCGGUAAAUCAUGUGAUGUUUGCCCUCAAUUAGAACAUGUUUUUCGUCACGUGUACACGUUUAGAUGCAUCCGACGGUAAACGCUCGAAAUUAAUCUAACAUUUGUUUCCGGCGAGGUCCGCAUCGUUUAUUUAUUGCUGUCAGCAGCCUUCCUGGUCAGUUGUAAAGAGAGAAUUCUACAGUCCCGAGAGAGAAUUAUUCUCUCUUGACAGUCGUCAUUAAAAUAUUCUGCAUUAUUUGAUUUGAGGCAGCCGCGCGUGAACAUGAUUUCGUUUCAAACAGUCGAUUAAAAUGUGCGGACGUCCUAGGAAUUAGACUUCCGUUCAAAUACGGCCUCUAAAAGAAGCUUAAGUGAAAUUUCCAUACCCCGGCCAACGACCUAAGACCCCCCAACCCCCCCCCCCCCCCACACCCCCCCCCUUAUUUUUUCUCUUUUCUCUAUCAUUUCUUUAGACCUGAGCGGUGACUUGGGGUUGAGAAUAGUGUUUAUGUAGGUGGGAUAAGACAAUAAAAAAAAACAAUGUGAACAUUAUUUCUUUUUAAAAACUGCAUUAGAAGUGUGGGGAGUGCUCGGAAAUAAACUCCACUUAAAAAACGGCCUCUAAAAGAAGCUUAAAUGAAAUUUCCCACCCCCCGCCAACGUCCCAAAGCCCCCCCCCCCCCCCACCCCCCACACAACUGUCCUAUUAUUCUCUCUUGAUGUAUCGCAUUUCAAGAAAUCAAUAGAACGGCAAAUCGAAUAAGUGUCCUUUGAACAAACCACUAAUGGCAUACAUAAAGGCGGAGGCUGUUUAAUGACCAGUUGGAGCUACAACCAGUUGUGGAAUUUAUGCACUUUAGGCAUCGCACUUAUGGACAGUUACUGCAUUAAGAUAUUUCAUAGUUAAUGGAGGUGACUGAUUAUGAAGCCCGGCAAACAUCAAAGGAGCAAACAAAGAUGCCAAGAUUUAUGUUGGAAGGUCCACGACCCUGCACAACCUUUUGUUUUGCGUUCAUACGUUAUGCAUGAAUUACGUAACCAGCACGUUUCUAUUGGUUAGUUCCUCAGUACGGAGUAAACAACUAUUGUGUUUUGUGCAGGGUCAAGGCCAAAAAAGAGAACAAAAAUAUACAACAAAGAACUUUGUCGGGUUUCAUAACCAUUCCCUCUAUUAACUAUGGAUAUUUGCAGGAGAAAUUAUUAUUUAUCCAGUCUGUCUGCUUUGACUUAUUCCUUAUUUGUCGAUGGGGGCACACUGGCUACAGUCAACGCCGCUCAGAGCGGUACGCAUGACGAUCAAGAUAAACUCUAAUAAAAUUUGUUUUAUGGUCAUUAAGUUUUUUCCCUAUUUCACCCGACUUUCGCUACCAAGUAUGAGAUAGUCAUUGAGGAUAUCAACAAAAGAAAGUAAUCAGAUUCACAACAACGUUUUUCAGGAUCUCUCUUGUUCCCAUCCUAUGGGUGGAGAGGCCCUGAGAACGAGAAAGUCAGAUUUAGAGAAGAUUAUUGUUCGAGAGCAGGAUUUUUAUGCGUAUAGUUUGUGUCUACGCGCAUAAAAAUGCAUUCGUGUUCUUUAUAACUUAGAGAGAGUGCCUAAAUUUUUACCUUUCUUGGGUUAUUGCUGAGUUAUGUUAAUUUGCCGUUGAUGAACUCUACAUGGCGAGAAAAGUGCUGGUUUGGACCUAUGACGUCAUUGAAUGGCCGACAUCCUGACCACCAUCUUCUCUUCACCAAAAAUUCAGAUUUUUGCAGAUAGUAGAGAAACUAAGGAUGUUGUAGUAGUAACAUCAUGACAUUUAUGGCAAACAGCAACUGAAUGUCACCAACUUCGUUAAAAUGUGUUAGGAUAACAGGUUCUGCCUCAAAUUUGUUUUAAACAAAUAAGGCUUAAACCGUAUGAAGUUGUCUCCCCCUCCCUGUACAUCAGAGGCUAAAAUGUUUUGCAAACUGAACCAGUCACGGUGAACUUUUGCAUCGGUUCAUACGUGCCUGGAAGCCAAUUACGUUUCCUUGCAUUUACAAGAUUAGAAGAAAUCGUGUGAACAUAGCCUUUUAGUAACGAGUAAAUAAGAUGUCCACUCAUUUUGUGUCUGUUUGCAAACUUAAGCGUCUUAAAUGCCUCCGGACAAAGUCUUUGUUAAUUUUUUCCCUUGCGAUAGGAAAAAGUCUGGAAAGAUACUAAAGACGGAAAGCGUUUCCUUCGAGCUAAUAUCGAUGGUCUGGAGACGAGAUUUAAGCUGACAGAAGAAGAUUGGGAAGUAAUGGAGAUCACCCAUUUCCCAGGUGGAGGUCGUUUGUUAGGUGGUGCCUGGACUACGAUUUUUAAGCGUGGUUUACACGAAAGCAAUCCCUGGUGCAACUUGCGCCUAAAGAAUAAUCACGUUCGAAAGGAAAACUCUCGAAAGAUCAUUUCAGCACCGUUCUUCAGAGGAUCUGGAAACUGCAAGCGCCGUGAGUGCAACAUGAAAUUCAAAAUGGUCAUUGAAGAGGACAGGGGAAAAUAUGUCAAAGUGACGUACACGGGAAAUGUCUGCCACAACCAUGAAUCAUAUCCAACGAAAAAGUGACUUCAAGAAUGACUGCAAAAGACCUGACAACGGUCUCGGCAUUAAUAUUUCCGGCGGUUAGUUGAACGCGCCCAUGCAAGGAUAGGUUAGCUUUG